AUGUCAAAGCGUGGUGUUGUCACAGAGAACUUCUAUAAAAAACCAAAAGGAAGAUCCCCAUAUAAUCGAGCUCGAGCUCAAGCACAGUUAUUAGCUAUUUGUGCAUCUAUUGUACCUACAGGAUCUUGUACCAUUGGUCAGUGUCGUCGGGCGGUAUUAGUCAUAAAAAAUCAGUUCAAUACAGAUCUAAAUGAGGAUGAUUGUGUCUCGCGUGCAACGCUUCGAGGAUUGGGCGGCAACGAGAACGAAGUUGCGUUUGACGAUUCACAACAAAUGGCUCAAGGAAUUGUUUUGGAAUCCGACUAG